GGUUACGGAACUUAAAAGUGCCACUUGAUAGGAUCUUGCGCCCAUAAUCUGACGUCACGACGCUGUACGUGCCAAGCUGCUUCCUCCACCAGGCAGCAAACAGCAACAGAGAAAAUGUUGGUCCUGGUUUUAGGUGACCUGCACAUUCCCCACCGCUGCAACACGCUGCCCGCAAAGUUCAAGAAGCUGCUGGUUCCAGGAAAGAUCCAGCACAUCCUCUGCACGGGAAACCUCUGCACCAAGGAGAGCUACGACUACCUGAAGACGCUGGCCGGGGACGUCCACAUCGUCCGGGGAGACUUUGAUGAGAACCUCAACUACCCAGAGCAGAAGGUGGUCACGGUGGGCCAGUUCAAGAUCGGCCUGAUCCACGGCCACCAGGUGAUCCCGUGGGGCGACAUGGCCAGCCUGGCUCUGCUCCAGAGACAGCUGGACGUGGACAUCCUCAUCUCUGGGCACACGCACAAGUUUGAGGCCUUCGAGAAUGAAAACAAGUUCUACAUCAACCCAGGUUCUGCCACCGGAGCCUACAACGCACUGGAACGGAACAUCAUCCCGUCUUUCGUAUUAAUGGACAUCCAGGCGUCCACAGUGGUGACCUACGUUUAUCAGCUGAUCGGGGAUGACGUCAAAGUGGAGAGAAUCGAGUACAAGAAGUCUUGAGACGGAGAAGAGCGUCACGCUCAAGAGCUCUGUGUACCAUUUCAUUCCUGUCCACCAGGGGGCAGUAAACCACCAGUCCUCCCAGUGUUGUCGCUGGAACAGCUCAGUGCAUCCUUCUGUUUAGAGGUCAUCAGCGUUUUGCACCCUUCACAUUUUUGCUCUUAAACUAAAUACGUAGUGCCCCCUCCCCUUUGUUAUUAUACAUUUAAGCUCUUUAGUUCUGUCAGUCUUUCUCAUUAUUUCCACAAUAAAAGUCUAAUUUUUCCUUA